AUGUCCGCUUUACGCUUGUUGGGGAAAGUCUCGGAUAAAGCCUUUGUGUUUGUAUUGGUUACAGCGCUCGUGACGGUGUGUGUAGCUGAUGGAAAGGAUUAUACUACGACAGAAGAUCGCGGGGAAAGGAGUGACGUGCGGUGCCGUAUGGGGGAGUGCAUGAAUAACAAAAAUAUGUCUCAGAAUGACUGCUCUAUCAAUGACGACUGUUUAACCUUCCACGUUUGCUGCAAAAACAAAUGCGUAGAAAGCCGUGGGGAUUGUUUAGAACAGACGUGCACUUCAGACACUGAUUGCCAAAGAAACGAGACCUGCUGUACUGGUUUCUGUAAGCCAGGAAAGAACCCAUCAUGUGCUGAUCGGAAAAGCGGUGUAAAUCCUGAUGUAGCCCUGAUCAUUAUGUUAUGUCUCAUGUUUAUUUCCUUCCUGUUCUUCUGCUAUUGCGUCUGCCGAGAAAAAAUUUUAGAUAAUCGUCUGUAUUCUUCAUUAAUAUCCACAGAGGUAACUGUGAGCACGAGCUUAUCUCGAAGCCUUGAAUUCCCGUCUUAUCAGAGAUUCAAUACUAACGGUCCGUCCAUUCCAUCUCGAAAACUCAAAGUUCACUUUUAUGUGCCCAGAAUUUACAACCCACCGCCUGUCAGUUCAAAGAAACAAGACAAAGCCUUUAAACCUGCACCGCGAACUUGGUAUGGUGCUACUUGUGAAACAGUCUAACCUUACCAAUCACCGUAUCUUUUGAGCUCUAAUAUCAAAAAACAUGUUUUCUGAACUCGUCUCCUCACAAUUUAGAAAUGAAGACAAGUAACUGUGCGAGAUUAUUAUUUUCUUUAUUCGGAUAAUCUUUGUACCGUAUUAACCCGGCGAUGCAAUUAUUACGAGAAUUUUUUAAUUCCCAGACUGGAGAAAAGAGAUUUUAAUCCCGGUGAAUUUUCGUCUACCUAAGGCUGUUUUGUAAAUUCAACUCUCUAACAAUCAACGCUAUUUUUUUUUGUCGAGGUGUUGAUUUCUUUUAAAAAUUUCAGGACAAAAAACACCCUGUCGUUGUUGCUGUAUUUUUGUUUUACUCGAGUGACAGUACAUAAAGAGAAGAAGUAAACUAGAGAAUCAAUUCAGCUAAGUGGAUUCUAGAUUCCUUGAUUUUAAAAUGUUAUAUUAUAUCUCCACUUUUUUGUAUGUCAGCCAUUAAGAUGGAAAUGUUAGUUUAGUAAAGGAAUUUUAUCCUACCGUGAAACCAGUUUUUUGAGUCUGGCUCUGGCUCGAAAAGUAACCGCACGAAAUGCUGUCUCGCCAAAAUCGCGCCUAGGUACCAAUAAGUGGCUUGCGUGACUUCUCACGACUCCCCCCUAACGGGAGAGCUUGCUCGCUGACUAGACUUGAAAGUGAUCUGGCAAAUCACGAGGUGGGAGUACUGACUCGUACCCAGGCUUCUCUUUUGUCUUGUUUCAACUGUUAGCGUGUGAAAGAGGCUAGCGGGAGGCUCUUGGCGCCGGUUAUUUUUUUGGUUAGCCGUUUUAUAUAGUGCGUAAGGGGAACACGCGCGUGCGUCCUAUGAAUUUUUCCCAUUGCCCUAAUAAACCGGCACCUGAUACACAGACCCUUCUUCGAGAUGCCGGCCGGGAAUAGUUACCCGGCACCGUCCCGAGCUGACCGAGUACAAAUGAUAAGGGACGGUGACUGGGGACGAGUCAGGUGCGAGCAUGUUACGUGACUCCUGGUUACGUGCAUUCAAGAGAGUACGAAGGACGAGACCUUUAUACUUGCCAGUGGUGCAGUAUCCAUCUUGGUGACGAACGUCUCUGUCCAAUUUCCUUUUCGGCUCGUUUGCUCUAGUAAAUGCUCUUGGUUUUUAUCCUGUGGACAGGCUACACUCUUUUUUUUAUAUAAGAAUGUUGUUUUUCCGGCCCAGGCUGAAUAUUCUUAUUUUUCUGCCGAUUUUAGGCUGAAAGUAUUCUUGUAUUCUUAAAUUAUAGCUUAUGACAUUUCCCUUUUAGAAUGUAUUGGGGUAUCAAGUAUAGUUAGUGCAGGUUUUUGCGCCUUGUUGGCAAGUUUUGCCGUUCAGAGGAUGGAAUAUAAAGUUGAAAACAUAAUUGUGUGGUAUUUACAGUUUUUGAACACACAAAAUUACAUCCUUUUCAAAACCUCAGCCUGGGGUUUAUUCUUAAAAUAUUCUUAAAAUUUCGCAAAUUUCAGCCUCGAUAUUCUUAUAAAAUAUAUUCUUAUAGAAAAAAAGAGUGUACUUGGUUUUUGGCCACCUCAGUUUUAAAAGACGAGUAACACACAAACUGCGGCUACAGACAUCAGAAAUAACAAACCCAUUGUAUAACUGACUUUAAUAAUAUCAUGUUAACGGUCACUUCUGGAGAUGUAAGUUGAAGCAUACAAAACGUCAAGUUAGAUAUUAUAAAAGUCAGUUAUACAAUGCUUUUGUUAUCUCUGAUGUUUGUAACCGCAGUUUGUGUGUUAUUUUUUUGCUCUCUUUUCGAACCAGUUAAGCCUCGGGCCUGCCACGAUUUUGCUUGUGUAUCGUGCUGGAAAAUUACUGGAAUAUCAAAAAGUUGCUACUUAAAUUUCUGCAUAUUUUUAUAUCAAGGUCAAUUUACCACUUCAUCCCCAGGGUGAUUUUCGCUGUCUUAAGAGGGGGGCUUAACUGGUCCGAAAAGGGAGAAAACGAACCGAAAAGGAAACUGGAGACAGACGUUCGUCACCAAGGUGGAUACUGCACCACUGGCAAGUAUAAAGGUCACGUCCUUCGUACUCUUUCGACUGCACGUAUGCUCACAUCUGACUCGUCCCCAGUCACGCAGUCUCUUAUCUUUUGUACGCGGUUACGGAACGGUGGCGCGUAACUAUUCCCGGCCGGCAUCUCGACGAAGGGAAUAGUCUGUGUAUCAGGCGCCGGUUUUUUGGAAAACCGAUUUUGAGAAAAAUAAAUCCGACUGUUUUGCAGUCUGAUAGAUCUAAUGCUCAGUUAUUUCUUUUAAAAAAGCAUUUCACGACAAAAAUUAUCAUUUGUCACUUCCACGUUUUUAUGUAACGGAAAAGUAACACCUAAACUUUGCGGAUAGGGACCCCGGGGGGCACUUGGGUAUUUUUUGGGUGGGUAUGUGCAGGCAAAACUCCAAAUUGGCACUCCGUUCUAAAAGAAAUUUCUCCUAAAAUUGAUACCCCGUUCUAGACAUGGGCCAAUUUUUUAUACCCCGUUCUAGAAUUCGCCCUAAAACUGAUACCCCGUUCUAGAAAUGGGCCAAUUUUCUAUACACCCUUGUACAAAGUUUGUAAAUUGAAGUAGUCCUGUUUUUUAGAUAGAUAUUUCUUUAUUCGUUCGACUUAUACAACAAAUAAAUGCUUCUUCAUAAUCAGCAACAAUUUUAAGCAGAAGAUAAAGCCGUGAUCCACAAUCUUUUAUACCCCGUUCUAGAAAACGCCUCUGAAAUGGAUACCCCGUUCUAAAUUAGGAGCUUCAAAAUCACGACCCCGUGAGGCGGCACAUACCCGUAUAGGUAAUGUAAGGGAGUACCCCCCCCCCCCCGUGGAUAGGGAUCAGAAGGUCCAUCAGUGGUCCAUUGCAAUCAAUAUUCUGUUCCACUCGUUAGGGUUUGGUACAGUAAAUCAAAAUGUUGAUAAAGGUCGUUAGAACCGUAAAAAUCAAAACCAAUGUCAAGGCUAGUCGAUGAAUUUGUAAGAAGUAUCACAUCUAUUUAGUCAAAUGGCUUCCUUUACCCAUAGGGUAGAAAGACUACAAACAAGGUAUGGUCACCGAUGCUGAGAACCAUCAAAUCCGCAAGAAAAACUGUCGCAAAGCAGGAUUUUGUCUGCAUACUGGCUGAAGAAAGACUAUUAAAGAAUGACUAGUAAAGAAGUUGAAGUUGACGUUACUAUGGAAUGAAGGUCCUUCUUUGUGUUAUGAGUCUAGAGGGACAUAUUUUUCCGCCCGUUUAGACUUUCCCACGCACCCACUAUCUGCCCCUGGGUCUCCGAGGAUGCGUUCAACGAAGAGGUGAGAGUGUCUCAGCAAGACCCUCGUCCAGGGUGGAGAGGGGGGUGGGGUGAGGGGGGGAAGGGUCAUUCUACUGGCCAGCGGUUUCUUCUUCAAAAAGUAAAAAGAUAAGAUGGCGAGAGUGCGGAAUUUCUUUUAUGGUUUGCUGCAAAUGAGGAGGCAUUAUGCCCGGUAUGGUUUCAGUUGUCUUUGACAUUGACUAGUUGACUCAUUUUUCUGUUACUUAGUUCAUGUCAUGCUUUCAGGCUGGCAGAAAUCGGGCGUUUUCAGGAACUUAAAACCAGCGGAAAAUAUGAACCUGGACAGGUAAUAAACUUCAGCUUUCGUGACGACUUAACGGUACGAUGACGAUAGAGAGUUGAAUUUUCACGCUGUGCGAAGCGCGGUGUACAAAUUCUAGGGAAAGGGACUAAUUUAGUUGCCUAAACAACAGAAUGCAGGGACUGACUUAGUAAUCAUCCCAUAUCAUUAAAAUUAUGUACAAAACCAUAUAUUGUUGGGCUCACAUGUCACGUUCUUCAAAGCCCUCGGACAAAGUGGACGUGAAUAUUUCUGAAUCAGGAUUCUCCAGAAAAUCUGAAGAAGAAAGAGAACAACACUUAAUGGGCGAAAACUGAUUGUUGUAUUAAACGAUUCCUCUUCUCUGUGGUACAGCUGUGUGAAUGGGUAGAUAAUAGGUAUGGGAUGAGGUUGCCGCAGUAGCCCCCUCUUUCAUUGGAGGAGUCCAGGGUUUUGGGUCACAUGAGGCACAACUUUUAUCUUUGUGAAAAAUGUGUUUCAUGAGAUGAAUACUACAAGAUCCUUAAACAUUGGUUGCCCAGGUUUGUUUGAAUUUAGAAGCAUGCACUUUUCUAAUGACUUGAAUUGUUCCUUUAAUUUUUGCAUAGCUGUUCCUUCACAGAAUAUUUGGCUACAGAGGUGUCAUACUUUUCACGUGGACAGCAAGGGUGUAUGAUCGGGACAAGGAAACAAGAGAAAAUGAAAAGUUAGUCACAGCAAAAAGCUUGAACCCAUUUUCCAACAAUGCCAUUUGAAACAUGUCUGGUUAACACCUGGGCAAGAUGGAUGACACUGCCUCUUGUUCUUGAUUAUAAAUACGCACUCUUGGUGGUAAAUAUUUGUGGCUGCCCAAGCUUGGAGGCCCAGUGCUUAUGUACCAGGGCUGUGUUCUUGCAGGUUGGGGUGAUAAGUGCAAAAAAGAAAGUCUCAUAAUUUCAGACCUGGAGCAGUUGGCAUCUCUAGUUUAUACUUGUGUGAUAAUAUUUAUGUGUACCUUCGGGUUAUUAAUGCAUGUUAUUCUGUUAACAGGUCAUUUGAGGAGAAUGGAUCCUUCAAUCCUGGGAAAGAAAUAAAAGCUGAAACACAGACUUAUUACCAGGCACUAAUCGAUAACAGGGAUUCCCCAUUUAUUGUAAGUUUCAGUUUCCCUUGUCAUAUAACUGUUAUCCUUAUAAAUAAUGGAAGUAGAACUGAGUGGAGUCCAGUUCCAUCUUUAACCAUACAAUUAAUAAUUAAACAAAAUUGGACGACUGUGUGCCGGGAGUCAGAUUUGGUUAAUAGCGGGUAUGAUUUUGACAUGAAGUUCUGUUACUAAUAAUCACAACUAAAACAAAAUUUGUGAUUGCUUAAACUUUUCUUUACAUUAAAACACAAGAUCUUCUGAGAGCUUUUUGCUACAUGAGAAUAAUGAAUCUAUUUAACAGUUUGGGAUAAUUUAUAGACUACAUUAGAUAUUGUGAAGUAGGUACACAGGUCAUUGUGUUUCAAUAUGGGGUGAACAUGACCCAAGGGCCAGCUAAGGAUCAGCAAUUUUAUCGUCUUUAUGCUAUUUUUUAUUUUAUUUCAGAGAGCUCAACCCGAGAUUGUAACAUUUCUUGGGUAUGAAAGUGACAAUGCGCUCUACUCAAUUCCAGGCAAGCACAUAGUUAAACCUGUUUCUCUUUAACAAUUUCAGAAACUGUAACUUGUACAGAAGUGGAAAGAAUGGAUAAAAAACUGUCAGUCAUACAUUUAUUUAUAUAUCACCAUCAACAUGACCUCAAAAUUACCGGUAAUUUUGGUGAAAGUGCUGGUUUGUAGAAAUGUAUAGGUUCUUCCCUGUGUAACUAACUAAUUUUUAUGUUACUGUAUUUUAGGUCUGGACUACAUAUCUCAAGAAGAUGUGCUUCCAUACACAGUUUCAGAUGCAUUUUCUCGUCCCAUUCAUCACGAGCUCUUUGACAGAUUCUUGUAUCCCGAACCAGGGAAAGGUAUUAAAAAUACCAAUAAUGAAAUAAAUAUUACCUUUCAAUUCCAUCACUGACUACAGUCACUGACGUCAAAGAUGGUAUAAAAGCAAAAUUAUUCACGAUUGUCUUCAUGCAAGACAGUGGUGCAUUAGGUUAACUGCUUUGACCAUGAAAAACUCUUAAAACAGCUACGCAAAGACAAAACUGAGCAAUCAGAGCAUUCACUUUUGUUUUGUUAUAAAUGAAAGUGUUUUUCUUGAUGACAGGCAUUUGUUAUUUGUACGAAGUGUUCUGAAAUACAAAGGUAGCCUCAAAUGCAGACACUCCUUUGAACUGUCACACAUUCCUCAAGGACCACAAUGUUACAAAAGGCUACUGGAAAACUCAACUAAUAGUGUGGUUUUGACUAUAAAUUUCUUUUGUCUACUGUCAACAUUACAUUGGUAGUCUAGAAACAGGCCAGUAAUUGCAUAUUGCAUUAACUUCUGUCAAAAAGUGAUAUUUUUGUACCACUGUUCUAGUGCCACCUUUUGCACCUCGUGAGGCUCUUCAGGCAUGGCAAGAAAAGAACCACAAAUGGUUGGAACUGACAGAUGUGCACAGAGAAACACAUUCUAAUGUUAGGAUCACUGUCAUGCCGUUUUACAUGGGAACUAAGGUGUGCAACUUUUUUCUGACCUCUGUUAUUUUGUACUUAUCAAUGGAAAGUAUUUACUGUAGACAUGUUUACCAGGUCUCCUUAAACUUGUGUGUAUUUGGCCACAAAAAUACUGUAAAUGAAUAAAUAACUGAACAUAUAUUUUAAUAUAUAAACAGAUUUGUGAAAAAUACAUAUUAUCAUAAUAAGUCAAAUUGAAGGAACACCUGAAGACAAUUUUUCUUUAACAGAUUCACUUUAAAAUGCACUGCUAAAAACUAGGAAUUCUUGGCUAUUUUUUAAAGUUUUUUUUCAGUUUCACCGACAUGAUUCUGUAGAUUUAGAAAAAAAAAAGAAAAUGAGAAAAUGAGAAAAAAACAGAUGACUUAAGGGAAAAUGCCGACUGCAACUAUAACACCUUAUCUUUAGAAGAACUGACUGAUUUUGUCGUACUUUCAGAACAACCUCUCAUCCCAGGACUACUGGGUGAGUAUUUAUAUUUCCUGUGUUAUACAUAACCUCAAGUUUCUUUGAAUGCUUAAAGGGUUGAUGAUUUUGAUUUUAUCACCUCCAAAUAGCGGCUCUUCUACCAUAUUCCAACUUUGUUCCCAGGGUUCUGUCCUACCCAUCCCUGUAGGACAGAACCCCUGGAACGUCAAGAUUGACCAUAUUCAGUGUGCAAAGAAAGUAUUGUUCGAUAGCCCGGGGCUAGUGGAUUUUGCUAUUGGGCUAGUGAAUUUUGUUUUUAACUUGCCCAACGGGCAAGUGAUGUUUUUUGAAGAAUUCGAAUAACAGAAGAACUGUGAAGUCAAUUCUUCUCGUCAAAAAGCUUUUGGGGCUAGUUGAAAUGACAUCUGGGCUAGUAAAUGCUAGCUUCAGCUUGCCCGAAUGGCAAGCUGUAAAAAUGAUUUUUUUGCACCCUGCAUAUUCCUGAUCAAACUGGAAUUUGAAAAUUUGGUUUUUGAGUAGAGGAGAAAAAUGUCUUGGAGCAAAGAGUACAAACAAAUAGAUAAAUAAACUCAUUGGCAUCACUGCCAUUAUUCGCACUCAUUCAUCCCCAGUCCACACUGGAGGAAUGUGAGUGAUGAAAAAGUAACUUUGCCACCCUUUAUACCCAUAUUAUAGAGGGACACCAACAAAUUCCCCUCCUUAUUUCAGGUAGCCUGCGUGGAAGGCGUUCUAAAGGGAAGAGAAAGGGAAUCGGGUGCAUGGGAGAAGGGAGGAACCUUCCCUCUUCCUUGCACACCAUUCGCUCUUCUCGUGAGCCUGAAAUCCCCUUGGCCUUCCCCUCGGAAUGCCUGCCACGCAUGUUAUAUUUGAGACUUCAGAAUUUCAACAACAGUAAGUUGGUUGUCACCUUGCCUUUCUUAAAGACCCAAAUAAAGACGACUGUGUAUGAGACUAUAGAACCGAGUCAGUGGCCUUAAAGUUCAGUUAGAAUAAAGACCUGCUAAUAGGCUGGAAUGCAGCUUAUUUAUUUGCUGACUAAUUAUUACACUUCUCACAAGAUUAGAUGUUAUUGUUUCAGUGGCGAUACUGCAUCAGAAUUGAGAAUCUUGGACAGGAAAUUGUUCAACUUCGAGAAAGACACUGGAGAAUAUUUAGUCUGUCGGGCACACUGGAGACUGUCAGAGGGAGGGGUGUGGUGGGACAGGUAAGGCUUUUUGGUGAAAAACGACGCCUGAAGAAAAUACACAAUCUUUCUUUCCAAUCUUUCUUAAUAUGAGUCAUUUCGUAUAUUUCCACUUACUUUCCUCUGCCAAGAAGGGUUUACGGUCAUCUCGCCACCAUCCAACUCGCCACCAAGAAGUCAAUUCGCUGCCAACCAGCUCGCCACCAGCUGUUAAGUCUGCUUAGAUUGGAAGAUUGGGAGCAACAAGCCAAGCACCCCGGGCAUAACAAUCCACUGGUCGACGGGGGUUAUCGUUUAAGAUCUUGUCUUAUCUUAGGCGAGUAGACUGUGUUUUAAUGGCGAGUUAGAGUUUACUUCUUAGUGGCGAUUUUGUUGGUUGCGAGAUGGUUUGGUGGCGAGGUGACCGGAUAUCGUCCAAAAGACGCCCUAGGAACAGGUCUGAAUUUUCGAAGAUUUUCUCUUAAGGGAGAAAUCAUCGUUGCCUUGCUUUCUAUUUCUGAGAUCCGUAUUGAAGGUAGAUUUGUCUUCUCCAUUUUUUCCGAACACAACUAACAAGCUCUUAACAAAAGGUAGGAAAGUUAAAACUGUGACGGAAAUGACAUGUGACUGUUUAAAGAUUAAGGAAAGCCGAUUAAAGUUGAAAAUAACUCAGACGUUUCGGGAAUACUGUCCCUUUUUCUGUGAGGUUUUAAACAGCAAAAAAAGGAUCAACGUUAGAAAAUGAUUUCUUAAAAAAAGCUGAAAAUAAGUUACUGACGCCGUUUUGUGACUUAUAUAGGAACCUGUCUUGUCACCAGAGCAACCAGCUUUCCAAUAUAGCAGUCACGUGUCAUUACAAGCACCCAGCGGAAACAUGUGGUGAGUAAAGAGUAAGAAAAAACAUUGUACCCGUACGGCACGGUAUACUGUCAGUACUUGUACGCUAUAAGUGACUUAGCCUGUACAAAGACCCUCUAAUUUCUCUUUAGAGAUCGUCGAGCGCGCGCGUAUCACUGGAGACCUUUAUAUAUAUUCUAGAACGAGGACGAAAUUCGACGUAAAGUUUUAGUCGUGUAUUUUCAAACAAUAUACACCUCAGAAAGCUUCAUUGAACUUUUGCACCUAUCAAUGUAAACCCCGUCGGGAGAGGCGGGCAAGGGGUGGGGAUUUGACAAAUUUUAAAAUUUUUUGAUCAAAUUCCCCAGGGUGGGAAACGAAAGGUCAAUCAAAAGUGUCAAAAAAAGCUCCCACCCCAGGGGAAAAAAUCUAAACGAACAAUACCAUAAUAAUGUAUAAAACGAAUUAAAAGAACAUUUCAAAAGUACGCCCUUACUAAACGUAAGCUCCGUUAAAUUACUCGCUGUAAUUAAGUAUUUUCUCUCUCCACUAGCAUCUCUUAUUUUGAACAACAAAAUCACUCUAGGAAGAUUGACCGUGCUAUUAUGAUAUUAAUGAAACGUAAAAUGCUUUAUAACAUCUGUUCAACAUGUCGGAACAGGUCGGAUCAGUGAUCCGUAAAAAAUCCUCUAACUUUCAUGGGGGAGUUCGAUUUCAAUCGAUUUUUACAAUCAGAUGGGAACUUGAAGAUAAAAACUUUCUCAAAAUAGACAUUAUCUGUUUAGAUGACAGUUUAACAGUUCGGGAGUAUGCCAGUUUUGGAAGAAGCGAUGACGUCAUGAUUCUAUUGUUCUGCUAAAAAUACGCAAAAAUGGGAAAAAAUAAUCGCCAAAAACAAGGGAGCUUUUUCAAAGCCUGUUCCAGGUCCACUCGUUCAAUAUCCGGAACUUCCGAGCUAGCAGUGCUGAUGAAGAAGCUUUUUCCUUGCUUUUUGAAUGUCAAGAGCAGUUUUGUGCCACAUUACGGUAGUUAAAAUCGACAGUUAUCAAACAGCGUUCGAAGACGUCGCCGCCAUCUUGACGGGCAUCGAAUGUAAGUACAUGUCUUUAUGUUUAGUUUUCAGUAUCUUGCCGAAUUUUUACGAAAUCAAGACUAAUUUUCCUCAAAACUACAACGUGUAAGGUGUGUUCAGGCAAAGUUUCAUCGAUGGUAACAACCUAGUAAAAAUGGUAACCACACAUUGAAAAUUGCCAACGGACAGGAAGGGUUACCAUAUUGAUGGUUAUGCCUUAGUCUGUCUAUGUAUUUUAAGUUAUAAGGGAUCAAGUCUGUUUUUGGUUGUGUUCACCGGCAAUGUAUGCGACUCUGAUCUAGGAAUCACUUUAUUGAUCCAGAUCAUGUGUGUGGAAUGAGUUUUAAAUCAGUGUGAGUAGGUUCUUAUAUUGAUUUCUUAUAUUUUGAUCAGGAAGUUCGUCCAAAAUGUAGACAUAUUACAAACAUGUUGUCGCGUUUGUGCCAAAAAGCUGGGAAAAAGAACGAGGAAGACAAAUGUUAAAUAUCUUCAGAACGACAUAUUUGUGCUCUGAGGGCAAAAUGUUGUUUUAGGUUCGCCUCAUGUUACUCUGUAAUAAAAAAUUUAAUAUCUAAAUUCAACCCUACCUCAGUAAAAUCAAACAUGUGUUUUUGUCUCUUUGUAGUGUGGUCACAGGCUUACCUACCACCACAAAAGCCCCUCCUCCCUCUCAAAAAUGGGUAAGAGGGAAACAGGUUGGAGGGGGGGCUUAUAUACCUUGUGAGUGGAAGCUCACACUCAAUGACCAUUCAACCAUAGAAGAGACUGUGGCCCUUAUUCAAGGGGCUUUAAAGGAGAUAGAUGAGGAAGGAGUCAUGGAAGUGGAGGCUUGUGAAGAUUUUCUUCACAUAAUGUUCAAUCCCUUGCGUCAAAUAUUGUUUGUACUUUACAAAUGCCAAAUACAUAAUUUGUUCAGUCCCUGUGCUGUGCAAAGGUCAAUCUGAAACAGGAAAAAUGCCACACUCUCCCCCAUCAAUACCUUUGCAGCAGCAAUAAGCCCACAUUUUAUGUCAUAAUAUUGAAUAUGUUUGUAUUUGAAUAAAUCCUAAAUUAUUGAGAUUCUCUCGAUGAAAAAGCAUCCAUAUUAAUGUAUCGUCUUCAACAAAUCAUCCUCCCUAAUAAAUAAUACAUGAGAGACAUCUCACAAGAUAACUAUUGAAGACCUAUGUCAGCUGCUACUGUCUUCAUUAUAUCAAUUAAGCUUUGGUUUUUGGUUUUCAUGUCCAAGAAGGUGUUAAAAAAACAAGAUUUUGAGAUAUAAGAGUGUGUAUAAUAUGCGAGCCAGCGAGCCAUGGCAGCGAGUCAUGCAGGUCAGAUACAACUCAUUGAAAACAAUACAUAAAAAUUGAAAACAGUAAUACCGAAAGAAUUAACCUAAAGCUUACCAUGGUAAAUAAGUGUUUAACCCUAAACAGCACUUAAUCAUAACCCUAACCCCAACCUAAACCCUAAUCAGUAAAAAGCAUGCCCAACCGUAAUCUGUAAAAUUUGCAGUUUUUACUUGUUUUUACUUUAUUUUUGCUGAUGGUCUGCGAACUUGCAUAGCUCCCUUGCUCAUAGUUUAUGUCAGGACCAGAAAUAAAAUGUUUGUUUACAAAAAACAAAAUGUAACAAUAAAAUUAAUAACUUUUAUAAUUGUAUCUUUACUCUGAUGUGUGAGCUUUGUUUUCUUGAAAGUGCUGUUCCAUAGAAACAUGGAGAACUGUGAAAAAGAACUUUGGAAAACUUAUGUUGUGUCCAUGCCAAGUGCAGCAAUCAUUAUUAUUUUGGGCCAAACCUUGUCUAAUAGAAUUGUUUGAGGGUCCCCACAGAGAAGACUCGGAGAAAAGUGCUCCUCAAAGUUACAAUGCCUUUGGUUUGAAGGCAACCCCAGAGUUAAAAACAAUAUUUAGUAUUAUUCGGAUAUACAUCAAAUCCCAUAUAAGAGGAUAUUUUAUAACAAUCUAUAACCCUGUUGAUCUCUGACUUCUGGUCAAAUCCGGUGGACUACAAGACUAUAGUAUCCCAUUUUAAUCAGUAUAUCCAAAAACAUGUAACAGGCAUUCUUAGUUUUCCAAUAUGUAUAUUAAAUUCUAAAGAGUCUCUUGCAUUUGUUAAGCUUGAGCAAAUACUCAGUGAAUUUCAGACAGUGGAAUAAUUGAAAGCAGUAGGUUUUUUUGAAGCGGCACAAAGAAAAAAUGAUCAGGGAUGAUAAGCAAGAAUUUCACUUUGUGGGUUUUCAAGAAGAAAACGCGAACACAAUACCCUCAGAAAUCCCUAGUAAACCUGUCGUAUACCUGGACGGAACCCCUUCAAGACAUACACCAACAGAACAUCAUAUUCGAAAAAAGCAGAUAUUUUACUCACAAAUGACUCGCUUGCACCAAAACAAUAACCUGAAUUACAGCCGUCUUCUCCGGCCAGUCGCUCACUCCCCAAGAGAGAAACAGAAGCAACGGGAAAAAUUACAGUAAAACUUACUCUUUGCUAACAUAAGGAAAUAAGUUAUAGAACAACUCACUUUUUUAGUUGUUUCCAAAGCAUUAUUUUUUCUUAUAAUAUAAAAAAUUAAUGAAAGAAAUAGGCACAAACUUGUUAGCGUGCUUACCAUUUACAUACGCAGUGAGUACGAAGUGCCUACAAAGCGCGCAAUAAGCGAAGAACUAUAGCGCAAGAAUGGUUACUCCUUGUCCUCAAGGUACUUCCCAAUUCAUAGUAAGGAGAAGACAAAUAAAAGGCUCGAUGAAACAAGAAUAAACGAGAAUUUCUGUCAAUACCCUUUCCUCUCCCUUGUCCGCCAUUUUGUAUGUUUUGAAAAUGACCAUCGCCAUGGUGAUCAUGUUAUGGUUGGUGACGUAGACCAUUGUUUUCGCUUCUUCCAAAACUGGCAUACUCCCGAACUGUUUAAAGUAUCGGAUUAUGGCGAUUAAAACAAAUGAAAACUUCACACUUUUCUCCAACAGCGUGAUUUUCAGAAAGCCUCAAGGGACGGACUUGGCAACCGCUUCUGAAUUGAUACCAGGCUUCUGUCGGUCAAAGUCAAAUGUCCCGACCCCGGGGUCGCUUCGCACGAUCAAAAGCCCGACAGGGGGAUAGUCUCAGGCAUCAAAUCCCCGCCCCUUGCCCGCCCUCCCCCCCCCCCCCACGGGAUUUACAUUGAUAGGUGCAUUUUUCCAGCAGAAAAGUUGGCAAUACUGUAUUAUUCUGAUUGAAGCAGGUUAAGCCGUCUCCUGAUCCGAAAAUGAUAAAACUUCUAACAUUUGAUAACUUGUUUCCGCCCGACUACGACAUUCUUGCUAAGGCCUCAUUUCCACUGUUGAGUAAUUUUUCCGUGGGAACCCGUGUAAAAUUUACAUGCGUAAAAUUAAAUUGAGGCAAUGUCUGAAAGGACCCGCGUAAACGUGAAAGUUGAGCGAGGUUCAGCUUUUAGGUGUACGCGUGACCCGCCAUACAAUAGAGACAGCCUCCUCCUCUGGCGCUUCGUUUUUCGCAUGGCAGAGGCGAGCGCGAAACGAGUGACUGGUGAUGAACCGCAAGGGACCAUGGGAAGGGUACAGACGGCAGGCGAAGCCCGUUGUCUCCUUCCCGCCUUCCUUUGCGCGCUCAUUUUCAUCAAAAGAGAGACGUCUGGGUACGAGGCAGCAAUAGAGAGUUUUAGAUUCGAGUUUACCGCGAACCUCUAACCGCUGGAGGUCACGUGACAAGUCUUUCACGUCACGUUUGAGGUUUACGACGUGCGUUUUCAACGUGGGGAGGUAGGGUUUCACAAAAAUCUUGUGGAACAAGUCUUUAUCCAUUAACAGAGGCACAAAUUCGGGCGAAAUGCUAAAUUUGAUAAAUCCUAUUGGAUCUUGAAAACAAGUGCCAUUCAUGGCUGCUGAUUCAAAAUGGCGGCCGUAAUCUAAUCCACCGCCAAUCUGAAUCGAAUUAUGUUUUAACGUCGAACCGCAAACGGGUAACCGCAAACCGCGGUUAGAGGUUGGCGGUAAACUCGGAUCUAAAACUCUCUAAUGUUUCUAUUUUACUUACGCGCAUAAAAAUUUCGUGCUUGCGCACGUAAAAAUUACGCGGUAGUGGAAAUAAACCCUAAAACUCGUAGUAGAAUGACGACGGCUACCACGUUUUCCCGCCAAAAUGACGCUGGUUCAAGUGCUUACACUACGUAAAGGUCUCUAAUAUAAAACCGCCGGGGGUUUAUUGACUGCAAGCUCAAGGAGGUGGGGGUGGUUAAAAGAAAAAGGAGAUUUUUCUGUUUUUCUCGCGCUUCGCGCUCGUUCUCACACGCUGUCAAAUUCUUUAAAAAAUAAAAAAAAGAAAGGAAAACGUCCGUGGGUAGGCUAUAAGUGACUUGGUUUGGAAACACUAUUCCAGUGUAAUGUCAUACAUUUACAGAGGAGAAACAAUACUUACUAUUCAUCCGUACGACAGAUUUCGUGUAAAUGAUGGUUGCUUGUUAUUCUUGUUAAUACUUAUAAUUUUAGCUCAGGUUUGACUAAGUAGUCUCCGACCACUGUCCUAUUUUAGUGGAGUGACAGGUGAGAAGCCGGUUUUUACUGUAUUAUCCUUCCUAUCGUUUUUCUUUUAGGGGGAAAUUCCGAUUUGAGCGCUCAGAUGGCAGUAUGUUUGAAACUCCAAUUCCUCCCUUCGCACUGGACAGCAGAAAAGAAGAUACACCGGAACCACCGAGAACGACUUGAAAAAGACACACGAAUCAUUUAAAGAAUUGCCAUAGGCUUACAUUGAAGUCUUCACUACCGCGUGAUAAGCCUGCGUGACGGGCCAUCGAAUACACCUUUUUAGCUUGCAUG